CACUACUUCCCUAGCCUGCUCAAGUUCCUAGCGUGGGACAGUCCAGGCCUGGUAUCUGACUAUGUGGAUGUGCUGCCCUCUCUGGUCACAGCUGGGACUGCAGUUGAGCUGCUGCACUCUCUACUGGACUUGCCCUGUCUCACUGCUGCUCUCACCCUGCAGCUCAGGUCUGCAUGCUUCCCUGUGUCUGAGCCAGGGGGGCGUGGUCUGUCAUCGCUGGAAGCUUUCCGAAGCCCCGCCCAUAGAGGCCUCUUCCUGUUCCUGUUGAGAGGGGAGGCAGGGUCUGGUGAUACCAUGGACAGACUGAGUGUGCUCCAUGACCUGCUGAUGGAGGCAGCUGAUUGGUCCAGAGUCAUCCAAUCAGCUCAAAGUGUUCCAGUGCUGCUGCACGUCUACUUCAACACAGUUACCACGGUAUCAGAUGAGAGGUUGCUGGCCCAGCUGGUGUUGGUGCUGUUGGAGAGAAGCAGUCUGUUGCUCAACAUCCCCAAAUACACUGCAGAGAUACACCGGUCAGUACACACACACACUGGUCAGGACACACACACACACACACACACACUGGUCAGUACACACACCGUAUCACACACACACUGGUCAGGACACACACACACACCGGUCAGUACACACACACACACUGGUCAGGACACACACCGCAUCACACACACACUGGUCAGGACACACACACACUGGUCAGGACACACACACACACACACACACACACUGGUCAGUACACACACCGUAUCACACACACACUGGUCAGGACACACACCGCAUCACACACACACUGGUCAGGACACACACACACACACUGGUCAGGACACACACACACUGGUCAGGACACACCGUAUCACACACACACUGGUCAGGACACACACACACACUGGUCAGUACACACACCGUAUCACACACACACUGGUCAGGACACACACACACUGGUCAGUACACACACCGUAUCACACACACACUGGUCAGGACACACACCGUAUCACACACACACUGGUCAGGACACACACCGUAUCACACACACACUGGUCAGGACACACACAUACACUGGUCAGGACACACACCGUAUCACACACACACUGGUCAGGACACACACACACUGGUCAGGACACACACACACACUGGUCAGGACACACACCGCAUCACACACACACUGGUCAGGACACACACACACACUGGUCAGGACACACACCGUAUCACACAUACAGGUAAUGUGUACAUGUAGGUAGGGGUGAA